AUGGAGGGGAUGAGAGAGAAUCGAUAUGAAGAAGGAAGAGGAUUGGACGGGAGGAUCGAGAGAUCGAAGGAGGCAGAGGAGGGGAGCGACGACGGCGAGACGAGAGAUCGAUUGGACGGAAGCGAAGGGAUUGGCGGAGGAAGUCGAGGGAUCGAUGGAAGCCGUGGAGGUGGUGAAGUUGGCGAGUCGAGAGAUCGAUGGAGGAGAGUGAUGGUUAAGACGAGCAAUUAUCGAAUAACGUGUGCAUUGGAUAAGAGCAUAUUAUUAACAUCAAAUAAGGAAAGUACAAUUCGUAUUAAAUUAAUUAAUGCUAUAGAAAUUCAUCGAAGAACUUUCGAGUUUUUCGAAUAUUUCACUUGUACAUUUUCGUUGUCCUACUUUAUUCUCGUUAUUUUGGGGGUAGCUUCUUUGAGUAUAAACUUAUUCCGUCUUUUUCAAGUUGCCACUCUACCAGAUCAAAAGAAAGAUGUUAAUGUUAUAGAUAGUAGUACGAAAAUUUUCAGAAAAGCUAUGAGUAUAGAAUAUUUGUAUAAUAUCAUGUGCUGUCUGGGUACCUCCGUGCAAGUAAAAGCUCCAGGCGCAACUGCAGCCGCCGCAAAAGCCUCGCAAUCACGGCGGAGGAGGCAACCUCCACCAAAUUCGUUACCGCUAGCAUAA